UCUUUUCAUUCUGGUUUGAUAAACGCUGCUGGCUCCCGGACCCUAGGCAUCCUAGACCCUUGGGGGCCGCGAGAGCGCCCCCUUGUUCCGCCCCUUGGCGGGUUCAGCUUCCACCACCAUGGCUCCUGUGUCAGGCUCGCGUAGCCCUGAACGGGAGGCCUCCGGGGGAAAACGUCGCAGUUCGUCGAGGAGCCCUAAACCCAGCAAAUCUUCCCGCUCCCCGCGGGGUCGCCGCUCUCGCUCGCGCUCUUGUUCUCGUCUCGGUGACCGGAAUGGGCUCAGCCAUUCUCUCAGUGGCUUCAGCCAAAGCUCUCGAAAUCAAUCUUACCGCUCCCGCUCUCGAUCGCGUUCUCGAGAGCGGCCCUCUACGCAGCGGAGUGCCCCUUUUGCUUCUGCAUCCUCGUCUGCCUAUUAUGGCGGCUACUCGCGUCCCUACGGGGGCGACAAGCCAUGGCCAAGCCUGCUGGACAAGGAGAGAGAGGAGAGUCUGCGGCAGAAGAGAUUAAGUGAAAGAGAGAGAAUUGGAGAGUUGGGAGCUCCUGAAGUUUGGGGACUUUCUCCAAAGAAUCCUGAACCAGACUCUGAUGAACAUACACCAGUAGAGGAUGAAGAGCCAAAGAAAAGCACUACUUCAGCAUCUAGUUCAGAAGAUGAAAAGAAGAAGAAAAGGAAAUCUAGUCAUUCAAAAGAAAGAUCCAAGAAAAAGAGAAAGAAGAAGUCAUCUAAAAGAAAACAUAAGAAGUAUUCUGAAGACAGUGACAGUGACUGUGAAUCUGAGACAGACUCCAGUGAUGAAGAUACAAAAAGAAGAGCAAAGAAAGCUAAGAAAAAGGAAAAGAAGAAGAAACGGAGAACGAAGAAAUAUAAGAAAAAGAAGUCCAAGAAGAACAGAAAAGAGUCUAGUGAUUCGAGCUCUAAAGAGUCCCAAGAAGAAUUUCUAGAGAAUCCUUGGAAGGAUCGAUCAAAGGCAGAAGAACCAUCAGAUCUCAUUGGCCCAGAGGCUCCCAAAACACUUGCCUCCCAAGAUGAUAAGCCUUUGAACUAUGGCCAUGCUCUGUUACCUGGUGAAGGUGCAGCUAUGGCCGAAUAUGUAAAGGCUGGAAAGCGCAUCCCACGAAGAGGUGAAAUUGGCUUGACGAGUGAAGAGAUCGCCUCAUUUGAAUGUUCGGGUUAUGUCAUGAGCGGGAGCAGGCAUCGCCGAAUGGAGGCUGUGCGGCUGCGGAAAGAGAACCAGAUCUACAGUGCGGAUGAGAAGAGAGCCCUUGCAUCCUUUAACCAGGAAGAAAGACGGAAGAGGGAGAACAAGAUUCUGGCCAGCUUUCGAGAGAUGGUGUACAGAAAGACCAAAGGGAAGGAUGACAAGUGAUGACUUCCUGACUCUACAACGGGCAGUUUGAACAAUGAGGAAAUUGUGGGUUCUAGACAUAAAAGAAGCUUAUUGUUUUGUUUGUGUUUGGGGUUAUUUUUUGAUGUAUGGUUUCCAGUAGUCCAGGUUGGCCUCAGGCUUUGUAGCCAAGGAUACUCUGAACUCCAAGUGUUGAGACUCCAGAUGUUUGCCACCAUGCCCAGCCAAAAAGGCUGUUGUUCUCUGAAGUGGCUUUUCAGUGCUUCUGUGCCUUCUGAAUCCUUCAGUCCUUCAAUAACAGAUGCUUGUUGAUACAAUUAGUAAGUUAUUUGGGGCUUUUUAAGAUUGACCCUAACUUUCUGGUUUGAAAGUCCAAAUUCUGAAGGAAACCCUGCAAUGUUAGGAAGGCGGCAUAGAGAGAGAGUGUCAACAGAAUAAGAAAUUUCAACCUCAUUCUGUGAUUUGGUGUGAAUAUUUCAGCUCCAUCCAGUGUCUGUCCCUACCCCAGCAGAACUUGGGAAUUUCAUAUCUCUGUCUUGAAUGUGUUACAUAUGGGCUAGACAGAAACUAUGUAGGAGGAUAUUUCUGUUAACAAAAUGACGGUGUUACUGUAAAAGGCAGUGUUGGAAUUUGAAAACUGACUUGUUUCUAUAGUCGGCCCUAGAAAUGUAUUUCGGGCUAAGUCUACCUCCACUCUUAAAACAAGCAAACCAAAAGGCUAACUCUCAUAUAUGUGGAAUAGAAAAUGUGAACAUUAGAUGUGUUGUAAGUUCUUAAUAAAUUACUUAAAACAGUUCUUUCCGUGGCCAGGGUAUAGCUCAGAGUUAGAACAUGUGCUUAGCAUGCAUGCGGCCCUGAGCUGCAUCCCCAACAGUGCAAAAAAUGUUUUCAAAUACAGUCUUGGGAAGUCUAUUGUCGUGCCAAUGUAAGAGUACUAUUUCUAUCUAAGCUGAUAUUUAAUGAUAGGAUAAUAUGUAGAAGAAUGAGUGUCAGCAGUGCUAAUGAGGAAAAAUAUAAUAAGUCAGUAUUUUAAUUAGCUGUUUCAUGAUGAUGAAAGGAAAAUACUAAAUGUUUUCAAUUGUGUCCUUUAUGUAGUCAGAUUUCUUUUUUGAGACAGAGUCUCACUAUGUAGCCCUGGAUGGCCUGGA